GGACGGAGCGGACACGACGGACGGAAGCCAGCAACCGAUAAGUACACCGUCGGUUUGCCGAAAUAUGGCACCUCUUGGAAAGCUUGACGAAUACGACGAAAAACAACAGAAUUUUGACUCGUAUUUAGAGCGUUUCGAGCACUUCGUUAGCGCAAACGACAUCAAACCAGAAAAGAAGCUAGCGGUGUUCUUGACCGUUAUAGGACCUCGAGCUUACGAAGUUCUGAAAAGCUUGGUCGUACCGGCAGUACCGGGAGAUAAGUCGUUCGAAGAAGUGAAAGUUUUGCUGAAAAACCACUAUAGCCCGAAGAGCUCGGUCAUAGCGGAAAGGUGCAAAUUCAACAGACGUGUACAAGAGGAACAGGAGAGCGUUGAAGAUUUCAUUGUAGCGCUAAAGCAUUUGGCAAGGAAGUGUGACUUUGGCCAGUUUCUGCAAGAUGCUCUGAGGGACAGGCUUGUGGCGGGAAUACGGCGCGAAGAAACGCAACGUGCGCUAUUCGCCGAAGAAAGCUUAACCUUCGAAAGGGCAUGCAAGAUCGCAUUGGAUCAAGAGCAGGCGGCACGACAGACAGCGUAUACACGCCGGAAGCAAAGACGCGUCGUUGAACGAGAUAAGAGCGAACCAGAAAGAUAACGUCAAUAAGCGUGACGUUCGAAAACACAAGCAAAGCAAGAAGUCUUGCGAAAGAUGUGGAAGGGCGCAUGCGGCAAGCAAAUGUUGGUACAAGAAUGCUACGUGUCACAAGUGUGGCAAGUUAGGCCAUU